CAUCCUGUUUCACCGCAAACAUCGCCGACGCAAGCCUUGUUCUCCACGGCAAUCGACUCCGCUUGGUCGAAUUACAUACAGAGGAGACCACUCUCGAGGUCAUCAGACCUAAUCUCGUUCUAGGACGGCCGUCCCGACUUGGGCCUGGCCGUGGCUCGUGGCAGCCUCAUGGAGGUAGACCGCACAAUCGAAAUCCGAGGGGAAGAGAGGGUAGUGAGACAGCAGCGGAAGAACCACAUCCGCGGGAUACUGCUAAUCAGCCAGCUGUUGAGAAAGGGUACCACCGAGGCAGCUGGAAAACCUGUGCAAUCUGUGGUUGCUGAUGAAGUUGAGCUCCUCGAAAAGGGUAGAGAGCACGUUGAAGGCAUCCGAGAGAGAGCAUCGAAACGCGGGAAACGACAGCCUGCUGCUGCUGCUGCUGCUUCAUCUGCUGCGGCGAAGAAGGCGAAGCGCAAGGGGGCGGACGCAGCUCUCUCCGACCCUCUAGCAUUGGCUCAUGAUGGCGGGACCAGAAGCGGUGCUACCCCAGAGACUUCGAGGGAGGAAGCGGUGUACCCCGACUUGGUUGGCGAGGUGAUGGAGAAGUCGGGAAAAGAGAUGGUUGGGAGACGCACGCUUGGGACUCAAUUGACCGGCGUUAUUCUUCCGGUCAUAUCUUCGGACGAGUCCCCAGUGGCGCCUACGCUUGACGAGAGCAUGGGGGAGGUGGGUGGGGGAGGGGAGAAGGAAGAUGAGGGAGAGGAGGAGGACGAUGAGGGGGAGGAGGAGGAGGAGGAGGAGGGGGAGGAGGAGGGGGAGCGGGAGGAAGCGCAAUACGUAAGCUCAAGAGGUCGCGUAAGUAUCGCGAAGAAGAGGUUCCCGGAGGUGGGCUAG